GAUUUAACAAAAACUUUUGUAUUUCUUUCUUACGAAUUCAUUCUAAAAUAGAAUACGAACAAAGGCAUUACCAGCUUUAAUUCAAUCGCUGAUAAUAAAAUAUAUAAAUGUUUUGAACAAUGACAGCUGAAAGCUAUCAUCUUAAAUGGGAUUCUCAUCACUCAUAUUUAAAUUCGUCAGUAGCCACUUUAUACAAAAACGAAAAAUAUGCUGAUGUGGUUUUAUACAGUUCCAGCAAUUCCAGUAAUAACGGAUCAUCAUCUAAUAAUAAUACUAGCUUACCAACGGUGGGCAUAUCAGCCCACAAAUUUAUCUUAAGUUCUUGCAGUCAAUUUUUUUCCACAAUAUUUGAAACCUCGCCUAUAGCUAAUAAUGGUGUGUUUUAUAUUGUGCUGCCACCAGAGUUGAGCCACAGGGCUAUACAAAUUUUAGUACAGUACAUGUACGUUGGCGAAGCCACUGUUUCCAAUGAUAUUUUAAAUGAAGUAUUGAGAGGCGGAGAAAUUUUGAAGAUCCGGGGCUUAUGUCGCAAUGCAUCGACGGGUUCAUCAGGUAUGCCUCGUUCAGACCAAUCAUCCAUUAAUUGUAGUGCACCAUAUAAUAACGGCCAGUCGAGAUUACCUUUAAAUGGAGGCACCACUUCGGUGCGCUAUUUAGUAGAACAACAACAGCAACAGCAUUUGCGUGGCUUGGGUGCAUCAGUAAUGCCUAAGGAUAGUCCAGUUAUCAUUAAGUCUCCAAAGCCUUUAGGUUUGUUAACGUCUUCAACAGGUGGUACAAAGCCUUCGAGUAAUAUUGGACCUGGGGGUGGUGGUAUUACAGUUAACAAAGAAGUUGCCAUUGAUCCUGAAGACAAAUGUUGUUUUCCUACGGAACCUAUGGCAACAGCACCUUUAUUACAAGAAAGUUCUUCCAUAUGCAACGAAAUUGGUUGUAGCAAUUGCUCCUUAGCAACAGAAAAUGCUCCAGUACCAAAUCAGCUAACGCAACAACAACAACCCAUGCUUCUAAGAAGGGAGCGUAGUCAAAGUGAUGACCCAUCGGUAAUGAAUUGUUCCGGAAAUUACUUAGACCAUAUAUCAAGACCCUAUCAUGAACGCGAUGAUAGCAAUAGAGAAUAUAUAACAGAAGAACUGCGAAGAUCCAGCAUAACAUCAGAACGUUCUGAAAAUCUGCAUGAUUACUCUUUAACAGAAAAUUAUAAAAAUUAUCCAAAUCCCAAGGAUACAUCACGCACAACAUCACCUCUAGGCAGUGCAGGCAACUUUGUAGCCAUCAAACAAGAACCCACAGAUUGGUUGGCAACAUCCAAUGCGAACAAUGUCAAUCAAGUAACAUCGUCUCUAUUGCAGCAAAAAGCUUUAGAUUUUAAAUUGAAUACCAUUAAAACGGAGGCUUCCAAUUCCUGCUCUCAUAGCACUAACGAAGAGGACAAUCGAUCUCUUUUACCACCGCCGCCGGCACCGCCGCCACAAUCACAACCUAUUUCCAACAAUUAUGAACGCUAUCUAACAUGUGACAUAUGCAAUAAAACAUACGACGACAAGUCGAGCCUGACGAGACAUUUAGAUACACACACGGCCACAUCCUGCUCUUCGGGAUUUGUUGGCUCAAGCAGUCAACAGCCACUUUCCAAUAGCGAUACAAAGUCCUAUGUGCCAAAGAAGCGUCGCAGAAUAUCGCAGCAGGAAAAUAAUGGCGAUCAUGUCAGCUUGCAAUGCGAUUUAUGCAACACUCCCUUUGAAACUGCAGCGGAGUGGGUCCGCCACAUGAAUUGCCAACACACAGAAAUCGAACUGGCCAUAUUUAACAGCAAAAAGGAUAAAGAACAAAAGCAAAUAAACGGCAACUCGUCAUCUACUUCAGGAGCAGCGAUAACAACAACAACAACUACAACAACAACGGCAGCAACAAUAACAACCGCAACGAUGAACAAUAAUCUAAAGAAAUUGAGUAGCAAUCGCCAACAACAACGAACACAAAUGCGUAACGCCAGCAACAGUAUUAUGAAUACAAAUUUAAACCUAUCAAAUACUUCUGUCUUAUGCUCAUCGUCGUCACCACCACCAUCUAGUGAUUAUUUACGUUCUACAUUAUCGCCUGCUUGAUGUGAUGACGUACGUCGUUAAGAUUACUUUCAGAACAAUUAAAAAAAUUCUAAUCAAAAACGGAAUUGCAGAAGAAAGCAAACAAAAAAUAUGAAAAUCGUUUAACGAAUUUUAAAAUUAUUGUCCUCUUUUGUAAGAAAACAAAAGCUCCAUAAUCUUUAGACUUAAAUAUCUAUAUGCAACAAAUCUACUGACAUAUUUAUAAUAAUUAAUAAUAAUUCAUAAAAAGUGCGUCCUCCUUUAAAUAUCUUAGGAUUUUAAAUGUCGUGUAAGCAAAUUCUAUUUAAUACAUAUGCUAACUCAGUUACAUACAUUGAUUUUAAUCAGAAAAGGUAAAAGAAAAAAAAAAAAA